AUUGAGCAUCUUUAAGAGGCACAGUCCACACAGCUCCACAGGAAAACACAGAACACCAAACCCCCUGUCUUUAAACACAAUGGCUAACAGCAAAGAAGUUGUGCCAGUCACCUCUGCAUGGAGCACAGGGUUCAUUGAGGAGCUCCUCCCGUCGUCUCAGCAGGUCUCCCUGCUGUACCACCUCUCCUACCUGUGUCUGGCUAAAUUCCCAAAAUUGGAAAGGCUGCUCUCGAUGCGAGCAGUGGAGACCCGACUUCUCUUCGGAUCCUCUGAAGCUGUUCUGCUGAAGUGUGUGGGCACCAGUCAGAACUUAAUUUCGUCACUGUUUCCCAUGCUGACUCACGCUGUUGAGAAAAAUAAACCAACACUGGUUAUAAAGUUCCUGGAGAAAGCAAGAGCAUGGAUCAAUGAAAUUAUUCGUGAUGUGGAAAAGAUGGUGGAGAGUGCUCUUGAAUCAGAACUGAAUCGACUCACUGCUGAAACGAUUUCUCUGGAACAAGAAGAGCGGAACAAAGGUUCUAUCCCUGAACCAACCCACCUUGGAGAAGUCCAGUGUUUUCUGAAUAAAAUCCAGAAGAUUCUUAAAAAGCUUAAAUGCUUCUGGGAAAACGUCUACAACUUGCUGGGCACCAUCAAAGACCAGACCUUUGCUGGUGAAGAUAUUGUUGAAGACGCGGACUUUAAGGAUGUCUUUUUGAAGUCAAUCUGUACAGCCUCAGAGAUAUGGGGAUUUUUUGGUGACUCCUGUAAUAAAGCUGUUCAGAUAUUCAGAGUGCAGUCCAAGGAUGCCUACAGUUUCCUGGAGAUCGACCCAGCCUCCCUCUCAGAGGAUGUGUGGCAGAAAGAAUACGACAGUGUGAAAGACCAGCUGCAGCAACUUAAGGUCUCUUUUGACCCGCCAUCAACACCAGCCAUCCAAAACUGAUGAUGUAAACACUAAUGUGCAUUGUGAGGCCAUCAGAUGAGCUCGUCAGUUGAGAUUAGUAGUAGUCAAACUGUAAUAUAUAUAUAUAUAAAGCACAAAGCGGUCUAAUUCCUGCUAUGACUCACUUCUAUAUGCACCUCCUUAGCAUACUUAGCUUUUAUUUUAAUUUUUUUGGGCGGUUUGCGUCUGUAUUUCUUUCUAGUCACCAGAGUUAUUCACCCCAUUAAUUUAAACUGUGUUAAAUCUUGAGUGUUUAUGCUGUAAAUGGUUCUA